GGGGCCCAGGCCUCUCUCUCUCCAUAGGAUUUAACCAGGACGCCGCCAGUAAAUAAUACAGGCAUCACAGUCGCUGGGCGACUAGCCGUCACAGCCUAGAAACCAGGAGACCCGAAAAAAAGACACACCGAGCGCGGCAGGAACCGCAAUGCCUCCCAAGCGGAGAGGCGAAACUUCCGGCGCGGAGCCGGCGAAGAGACGGCGUUGGACGCCAGAUGAGGAGGCCGAGCUGCAAGCACUGGUCGGAAAGCUCGGUCCGGACAAGUGGCCCGCCGUCGCGCAGCGCCUCGGCACGGGUCGCUCGGCGGCCGCCGUCGAGCUGCACUGGAAGGGCACCGCCGCGUCGGCGCCGUCGGCCGCGCCGAAGCCGGCGAAGCGGGCGCGCAAGUCCGCCGCGAAGCGGGCCGCCAAGUCGGCCGCGAAGCCGGUUGCGACCGGCGACUCGCUGGCGGCGCUGCCGCCGGCGCCGCGCGCGGCGCCGCCCCGCGCCGCGCGGCGCUCGCCGCCGACCGCGCCGCCGCCCGGCACGCGCGUCGCCGUUCGCUUCGACGACAAGGACUACGAGGGCACCGUCGGCGACGCGCUGGACGAGACGCGCGCCACGGUGAAGUUCGACGACGGCACGAGCGACGACAUAGACUUCACGGAAUCGGGCAUCCGCAUCACGCGCGAGGCCCCCGCGGCGGCGCCGCCGCCGGCCGCGAAGCCGGCCGCGAAGGCGAAGCCGCGCGCGCCGCCGGCCGCGAAGAAACCGCAGUCGAAGCCGGCGCCGCGGCCGCCCCGCGCGGCGCCGACGCCGGCCGCCGCGCCCAAAAAGCCGGCCGCGAAGCGCCCGGCUCCGACCGAGGACGAGCCGCCGCCCGCCGACGACGUCGACGCGCUCGUCGCGCGCAAUGCGCCCAUCGUGCGCACGGAGAAGCCGCGAUCGACGCAGCGCGCCGAGGCGAUCGAGGCGGCGACGACGGCGCGCGAGUACGUCGACCGCGGCGGCAAGAAGAAGGACCUCCUGUACGACCUCAAGAGCGGCUACUUCUGCGUCGUCGGGGAGGCGGCGCCCACCGAGGACCCCGCGCCGCCGCCGCCCAAGCCCGCGGCGAAAGCGAAGCCGGCGGCGAAGGCGAAGUCGCGCGCCGCGCCGGCGCCGGCCGCCGCACCCAAAAAGCCGGCCGCGAAGAAACCGCGCCCGGCGCCACCGCCCGAGGCGGCGCCGGAGUCGGCCGCCGCUGCGCCCGGCCCGCCGGCCGAGGCCGGCGGCAAGGCCAGCCGCUUCAAUGGCGUGAAAAGAACCCCUGUACAGGGCGGCAAGUGGUGCGCGGAGAUUUGCGUGAAAGGGCACACCAUACCCCUCGGCGACUUCGACCUCGAGGAGGACGCCGCGCGGGCCUACGACGCCGCGCGAGCGAAGUGGGCGGCGAUGCAUAAAAGCAUAAGACCGCUCAACUUCCCCGACGAGGCGCCGCUCGCGUCGGCGCUCGCCGCGCUGCCGCCGCUGCCCGCGGCGCUGCAGCCGCCGGCGUCGCUGCCGCCGCGCCGCCGAUCCGCGCCGCCGACCGCGCAGCCGCCGCCGCCCGGCAGCCGCGUCGCCGUGCGGUUCAAGGACGGCAUUGAAUACGCGGGCACGGUCGAGAAGGUGGAAGACGCGAACCAUGCGUUCGUGCGGUACGACGACGGCCAGAGCGAGACCGUGCGCUUCCCGGACCCGGACGUGCGCGUCACGGGCUUCGGGCCCGAGGCGCCGGCCGCCAAGCCGGCCGCCAAGCCGCCCCGCGCGGCGCGCACCGCGCCGGCCGCCGCUCCGGCAGCGCCGCCGCCGGCCACGAAGAGACCGCGCGCGCCGCCGGCCGCGAAGAAACCGCAGUCGAAGCCGGCGCCGCGGCCGCCCCGCGCCGCGCCGACGCCGGCCGCCGCGCCCGCACAGCCGGCCGCGAAGAAACCGCGCACGGCGCCGCCGCCCGAGCCGGCGCCGGCGCCGCGCGUGCGGCCGCCCCGCGCCGCGCGCGGCGGGCCCGACGCGCGCGUCGGCCGCUGGGUCGAGGUCUGGUGGCCCGAACAGAGGAAGUGGUACCGCGGCCGCGUCGGCGAGGCGCGGUACUCGGACGCCGCUGCCGGCGUCGAGCUCCGCGUGGACUACGAUGACAGCGAGACCCACUAUCAAGUGUUCCAGGAAGAUGCCUUCGAGGGCACCGGCGCGCCGCCCCCGCAGCCGGAAGGCGCUCCCAAGCGGUGGAGAUUCUUCGACGGGCCUCCGCCGGCGGAGCAUUACGUGCACAAGAAAUGGACUCCCCAGGAGGAGAACGAUCUGCGCAAGCUCGUCGCGGAGCUCGGCGAGGAGCAGUGGGCCGCCGUCGCGGAGCGCAUGGGCACGCGGAGCGAGAAAAGCGUGGAGACACACUGGAAGGUCUUGACGGGCCAGCGCACGGCGAGCGGCUAUGGCAAGCCGCGCGCGCAGCCGCUCAAGGCGGCGCCGGCCAUCGACGCGCGCGUCAGCAGCUGGGUCGAGGUCUACUGGGCCGGCGAAGGCGAGUGGUACCUCGGCCGCAUCGUCGGCCAGCGGAGGCGGUCGGCGCGCCACGAGACCAAGGUCGCCUACGCCGACGGCGAGACGAUGUACGAGGCGCUCCGCGACGUGCCGUUCGACGGCGACGGCGAGCCGCCCGCGGUCGCCGACGGCGAGCCCGAGCACUGGCGGUGGGCGCCCGUGCCGCCGGUGCGGAAAGUGGCGAUCGACGUCGACGGGCUCGUCGAGCGGGCCGUCCCCAUUAGGCCGACGGGGAAGCCGCGCGCUCGCGACCGGUACGCGAGCGCGACGACGGCGCGCGAGUACGUGUCGCUGGGCGGCUCGACGGCGGACCUGAAGUACGACCUCGUCAACGGCUUCUUCGUCGAGGACGCGCCGGUGCCCGCGGAGAGCGCGCCGGCCGCGAGCGCGCCGCGCGGGCCCGGGCGGCUGACGCGCCGCCGGGCCUCCGACGAGGACGCGCAGCUGAACGAGGCGAUCCAGCGGUCGCUCGCGGACGCGCCGCCGUCGCCCCCCGCGCCGCCGACGCCGGAAGCUCCGGUCGACCAGUGGCGCACCGAGGGCUCGGACCUCCUCGGCCUCGAGCUGAGCCGGACCGAGAACGACGGGGGCGCGUCGGUCAGAGCCGUCGUGGUCUCCUGGCUCCCGGCGGACGAGUCCGACUUCCUCGACGCCGACGGGAGGCCCGCGGCCCUCUACAAGAUCCGGUACCUGGACGGCGAUCUCGCGGGAGACCACCAGGACCUGGAGGCUUACGAGGUCGAGGAGUCGACGGACGCGCCCGAUGCCCCGGCGCGGUCCCGCUUCAAGUACGUGUACCCCCCCAAAUCUUCGCGCGGCUCUUGGACGACGUGCAUCAAAGUGAAUAAUAUCUCGACUACCGCCGGGUGCCACAGGACGCAGGAGGACGCCGCGCGGGCCAUCGACGCGCUCCUGCUUCACCAUGGCAAGCGGGCCGUGAACUUCCCAGGCGAGGAGGAGGCGACGCGCGCGGCGUUCCCCGACAUCGGCGCUCGAGUUUCUCGCGGGCGCCAGCCGGCGGCCGCCGCGCGCCCGAAGCCGCGCCCGCGCCCGAAGGCGCCGCGCGCGGCGAAGAAACCGGCGCCGAAGCGACGGACGCCGAGCGACUACCGGGGCGUCCACGGCGAAGAGCGCGGCGAGGCGUCCUCAACUACCACGGUCUGGUACGCGUCCUCUGGCUUCGGCGGCGCCACGCUCCGCUACGACCACGCGACGGAGCUCGAGGCGGCCAUCUCCUACGACGCCGUGCGCGUGUGGUACCGCGGCGAGGCGCGCCUCAACUUCCCGGAGGGCUGGCCCGGCGACGGCUCGGCCUACGCGGGCGUCGCGCGGAACGCGGACGCCGCGACGACGACGGCGCCCUGGCGCGCUUUCCACGACGGCCGCGAGCUGGGCAGCUUCGACGACGAGCAGGUCGCGGCGCGCGUCUACGACUUCGCGCGGCGCUGCCGGGGCCAGCCCGUCGUCAACUUCGACGGCAGCGGGGACGGGGGAGAGACGUUCUGCGCCUACUGCGAGGACUGGGAGUUGCGCGCGGUGGCGGAGCGGGACGGCGCGUCCCUGAUCAAAAAGUACGGCCGCCGCUUCUUCGAGGACCCCGACCGCCACCCCGGCGAGGUCUACUACGUGGUGCACACGGGCGUCCAGUGGACCGAAACCGGCAUUGCCACCGUCAAGGUCGACGCCGUGGGCCCGCGCGACAUGAGCGUCGCGACGCCCGGGCCCUUCGUCGCGGGGCCCCGCGCGGGUGUAGAUGUUGCGGAGAGCGCGACGACGUACCUGCUGAACGACGAGCUGCGCAGGAUGAUCGCGGCGACGCCGCAGGGUCUCCAGAUUAAGGAGGCGGAGGACGGCGCCGCGGUGCCGCAGCCGUUCUUCUCGGAGUUCGAGCCGCCGGAGCCGGUCGCGGCGCCGCCCGAGGCGCCGCUCGAGCCGCGGCGGCGGCGGCCUGUUGUUGAGGAGGCGCCGCCGCCGGAGCCGGCGCGGCCGCGGCCCCCGCGGGCGCCGCCGAUCUCGGCGAGCGCGCAGCGCAAGGCGGCGCUCGACGCCGAGGACGCCGCGGACGGCUGGACGCCGCCCUCGGAGGCCGACGCCGACGCGCGCUGCCUGCGCGCGUGCGACGCGUGCCGGGCGGCGGGCCUCGGCGUCAAGGCGUGCCUCGUCGACAAGCGGCACGCGGCGGGCGUCGCGCCGCGCGGCUUCGCGAAGUUCUGCGCCGAGGUGCGCGCGGCGCCCGCGUACCGCGAGCCCGACGGGCCGCCGUCGGAGGGCGCCGUCUGCGCGGCCGUCCAGGCGGCGGUGUCGGGCGUCGCGGUGCCGGCGCACUUCGUGGACGCGGUCAAGGAGUUCGCGAACCGCGAGUCCAAGCUCACGACCGUCAUCCAGGGCGGCCGCCGCUCCGUCUACGUCGACGGCGGCGAGGCGGGGCCCUUCCGCGACUUCGCCGACGGCGGCGCGCUCCGCAAGGGUGAACGACGGGUUUCGCGGCGGACGAACGCGACCAAGUUCCUGGAGCGGUGCCGCUGCGCCAUCGCGUACCGCGCGGCGUACCUCUGGCCGCGGAGCCACGCUAUCCAUUUGUCGGCGGACAUGCUCUGCCUCGUCGGCGCGCCGGCGGCGCAGGUGCCGCACGUGGACCUGAUCCCGGACCAGUGCCAGGCGGUCAUGGCGCUCACGCGGCAGGCGCCGACGCUCGUGCUGCGGAAGGACGCGUCGCCUUCCAUCGAGGAGGCCUUCGCCAAGGUCGGCAUCGACGCGGGCAGCACGACGAAGUGGGCCGAUCUCGUAAGGGCCGCGCCGGCGCUCGCGCUCGGCCGCGACGAGAUCAACCGCGGCAUGGUCGACGCGACGCGCUACCUGGACCCCCCGCCGACGGACGAGGAGGUCGCGGCGGCGGCGCAGGCCGCGCAGGGCCGCCGGCGCCGGUCGACGGCGGGCGCCGGCGGCGUCGACGGCGACUGCCGGCCCGUGUCGCGCGACGCCUGGGACGCCGGGUCGCUCUUCCUCGCGGACCAUCGGUUGGUGCACGCGGGGCCGCGCUGCACGCAGCCGGGGCCGCGCGUCGUGCUUUUCACGACCUUCACCGUGCAGUCCACGGAGGCGGAAGCGGCGACGUACGACCCGCGCGACCAGUACAUGCCCUACUUCCUCGCCGAGGACCCGUCCAUGUCCGACGAGAAGGCCGCGGCGCUGCUGCACCACUGGCGCGAGGAGAAGCCCUGGGACCACUACCCCGACACGGACCAGAGCCUGGCCGUGAAGCUCCUCGCGACGCGCGGGCCCGAGCUGUCCGAGGAGAAGCGGCGCGACGCCGUCGCGCGCAUGCGCGCGACGCCGCCCGAGUGA